AAAUAUCUUAUUUAGAUUAAUCAAAUUUACUCACAUUAAAAAAUCCUUCAAAUUAAGAGUUUUUUUUAAGAAGAAUACAAUAAUUUAGUUUACUUUAAAGUAAGUAUAAUGAGGUAUUAAGAAACAUAAACUCAGAAAUUAUUUAAAUUAAUAGUAUUAAUUGAUACAUGCAUAAGGCUUAUAUAAUAUGUCAAUUCAAGUAAUUUUGAGAAAGAUAAAAUUAAUCUAGCAAGCUAAGAUAAUAAUUGCGCUAUUUCUUCUAGUUCAACUUAACAGAAUGUUUGUACGAUUGUAGGGGGAAUAGGAACCUGCACAGAUAAAGAACUAAUGACAAUAAUAUCUGAUAACUGCUAAGCUAUAAAUAAUUUAAGCCUUAUAAACUUCACUGUAGACUGCAGCAGUUAAAGCCAAAAUAAUAUACUUUAAUUUUUUUUACCAAAUACUUAAAACUCAUAUAAUACAAUUGCACUACAAUAAAUAGAAUUUUUUGAGUGCCAAAAGAUCCUUAUCAAAACAAAUUAAGCAGCCACCAUAAAAAAUAUUAUCGUUUCCUUUUCUAACACUGAGAAUGUUCUUUAUUAAUAGUUCUUAGAAACAGAAAGAUAACGUGCAAAAAAAUAAAAUUUAACAAAUGAUGUAUUAUACAAUGAUGCUACAAAGAAUUCAUAUAAAAGUAAAAAUUAAACAGAUCAUAUGCAAAAUAGGAAAAUAAAUAGAUAAAAUAUAAAUAGCUACUUAAAUUAAGAUGAGCUUAAUUUCGAAUAUGUUUAUACUAUGGUUGAACCUUAAUCAAGCUUAGUUAUUUAAUCUAACUAGAUUUAUGUUGAUACAAGUGUUUAGAGUGAUAGUUAAGUAUUGAUUAUUGGUUAUGAUAUAUUUAUUUACGAAAAUACAGUUAUAAAUGCAAAUUAAUUUGGUAUUUAUAGAUAAGCAACUACUCCUCCAUAAACAAAUCCUUUAUUGCUUAAGAAUGUUCAAAUUAAUACACUCUAUAUCAAUUGUUUGAAUUCAUUAGAAGAAGCUAAAAAAAAGAUGUAAUAUUAAAGCUUUUUUUAAAUAAACUUCUCAAGUAAUAGUAGUUAUAUAGAAGUACCAAAUUUUGAUAACAAUAUUCAAUUAUACAAGUAUCUUCUAGAAGUGCUAAACAACAACUAUACCACUCUAAUAGUCACAUAAACUGAUUCAACUUUAAGUAGUUCAUCCAUACUAACAUCAAAGCUAGGAUAUUUUGCUAAUAAUAUAGUAAUAGAUUCAAAAUCAGUUGUUAGCUCUACUGGCUUAGGAUGUCCAUCUGAUUAUGGUCUUGGAAAAGGUGUUAUUUUUGGUUCAAAUCCCAACCUCGGAUGCAGACCUAGUGGAGCCCAUCACGUUAGCUAUGGAGGUAUAGGAUUACCAGACUUCAGUGGAAUGUAAGAUUUAAUCAAGGCUAAAUUAAUUGCUUAGUAAUGCCUAAAUAACACUCAAGUUGCUUAAUUUGUCUCUGAAUCUUUUCCUUAUGAUUCAACCCAUAUAACAGAAGGCUCUGGAGGAGGUAAUAAUUUAGAUCCUACUUAUUUUAAUUACUAUACUGACCUUUCAGGUGCUGGUGGUGGUCUAAUUUUUAUAGGUGCCGCCUAAAACCUUCGAUUAGAUGGUGAAGUUGAGAGUAAUGGGAAAGAGGGAGGUAAGUAAAGCCAAAUAUACUACGGUGGUGGUGGCUCUGGUGGUUCUAUUAAAAUAAUUGCUAACAACUUUAUAGGUUCAGGCUCCAUUAAAGCUAAAGGAGGAAAUUCCCCUGAUGGUCUUUCAGGCGAGGGUGCUGGUGGCAUAAUUGAUAUUAAUAUCCUCAACGAUUAUUCUCUUUUGACUGAUAAAGUAUUCAAUGGUAAUAUAGACGUUACUAAAGGAAAUAGAGAUAUGAAUUUUUUAGUUUUCUAAGGAGAAGAAAGCAUAGAUCCCUCAUUAUUUUUAGCUUAAAAUGGAACUUUGGUUACACCUUUUUGCCCACAAGGUUACACUUAUAAGUAGAAUGUAAUAAGAUGCGUUUAAUGUGGAAAAGAUUAAUUUAAAACUAAUCCUUAUGGAUAAUGUACCAUGUGUCCAAAAUAUGAUAUUAACAGCAUAGAUGAUUUUGAUGAUCCAGAAGUUGGAUAAGGAGAAUAUUGCUAGUUAAAUUGUGAUUAAAUUGUUUGUGAUCCUUUUGGAUUCUAUAUAAAGAUAGUGGGACCGUAUGGAAUGAUAUUCAUCUAGGUGACUCUUUCUCUUUUGACCACUGGAUAUGUUAUUAGAAGAAUUUAUCGUUUAAAAAAGGGAAAAAUAGAUCAUUUACCUUUUGAUUUUGAAGAAGCCACUGAGUUCAUGAGAAUUGAUGAUUAAAUAAUUACUACAGAUUUAUCUAGUAGUCCUGAUUUUAUUUUAUCAGAUCUACUGUUUCACACACAUAGAAUUUAUGUUUUAGGAACAAACUCUUUAAAUAACUAUUGGAAACUUACAAAAUUCCCUCCACCAGAAGUAGAGUACAUCAUAAAUAGGGAAUAAUACAGAAAAUUUGCAGAAAGAUUUAAUUAGACAGUGAAAUGGAAAUUGAUUGACAAAAUUUUGUUGGUAAUACUUAGCUUUGUUUAUUAUCCUCUUUAUUGGUCUUAUCUUACUAGAGUGAGAAAAGGAAUUUAUAAAAAGGCCAGGAAGUUCUUUUAGCAAAACGAGCUGAAAAUAAUUAACAUGAACAUCAGUGGCUAAUUUGAUAAGGUUUAAAUUAAAUUUUCGAAGAGCAUUGAUUAUACUUUAUGUUAUUUUGAUAUUUUUGACUAUAAAAAAUCAAAUUUCAAAUACUUCUUCUUAAAUAUUCCUUAUUUCAUCUCUUUGAGUGGUGAUGGUAGUUUUAUCAAGCCGUUGAAUGUCAACGAAAACGAUGUUUUUUGUAAGUGCCUUUACUUUUCGAUUAAUAGAAACAGAAAAAAAGAGAUAGUCAAUGAGCGUUAAAGAGUUAUGGAAAAUCUUGUUAAUCAUAAACUAAGAAUUGAUAAUAGCAAAAAACUCAAUAAAUUCAUUAAAAAAUUCAAUAGAUAUACUCGUUCUAUUGAUUUUAUGGCUCCUAUAAGUUCUAUCUAAAUGUCUCUUCAAUAGAUUGUGGAACUCUUAAAAAAAUGGAACUAAUAUUUCUUUAAUCCAAACAAUGUUGGUUGUGAUCUCGUGGUCUUUGAAGUCCCUAAAAAGGAAGGCUUUAAGCAAAUAGUAACAGUUUUAGAAAAUCUAGAAAAAGAAAGCUUUAAUGAGUUCAUAGCAAAAAUAAUAAAUACAAUUAGGAAUUACAAUAAUUUCUAUGAAGUUAAUAUGAAGCUAUUUAUUUAUAACCUUGACUCUCCUUUAGAAGAAGUAGCCUAAACUAUGGAUGAUUAAAGAAUAACUAUUGCCACAGAAGGUAAUAUCCUUCAUUAAACAGUCAAAGAAUCUGUACUAAGCUCAGACUUUAUAACCAUCAAGGAAAAGUUUUAAAGAAAAGAAAUUCAGCAAAUAAGAGAGUCAAGCAUACAUAGCAGAUUUUCAUUUGUAGAUGAUCAUGAAAUACAAAGCACGAAAAUCGAAGAAUAAGCAAUUAGAUCCAAAGUUUAUAACCACAUUAAAAGAGUUGCUGUUUUUAUAAGAUUUUGCUUGUUUACUCAUAGUCCAACAAACUUAGGAAAGCAUGUUUUAAUUUUUGUUUUAACUACCUUAAUAGUUAUAGACUCAAUUUUAACUAUACCAACUAUUUUUAAUAUAAUCUAUGCUAUAUAAGCUCUUAAAAGUGGAAAAUAGUAUUUAAUUAAUGACUUAAUAUUUUUAUUCCUCCCAUAUCCACUAGCAGUUUGGAUCUCUCCAAUUCUAGGACUUUUAUUGGUUACAAGCUAGUCCUAUGGUAUAGCCAAAAUGUAUGUAAUAUAUAAUAGUAUGAGCUUGAUAGACUUAUUUUUGAAUAUCAUAUAUACUGUCCAAGAAAGUACUCCUCCUUCAAUGCUUCCAGAAGUAUACAUUCUAAAAAUAGCUACUUUCCUUUUAAGAGUAGUAAUUCUUUAUUUUGCAUCUAAGUACUUAUCUACUUCUACUAAGCUAACUCAUCUUAAUACAUAAAAGAGAGUUUGAAAUUAAUCACAACAAUUUUCUUAAUUAUUAAAAUAUAAAAUGUAUCUUUCUAUUAUUAUUUAUAAAUCGAAUAUUUAUGUUUUUCCAAAAACAAAAA